UAAAAAGUGCAAGGCCCACUGACUCUCUCUCUCUCUCAACCUCGGAUUUUAGAAGGCAGCAUCAAAGGUCUUGUCCUUGUUCUGCAUCAACUCAUAUUGUUAGAGGUUCCUUCAUCUGGUGCUGUUUUACUAAUCAAUUAUGGCCUAUGAGAUAAGUGAGAUAAAGAAGAUUGGUAUAGGCCUAAUUGGCUUCGGCAUAUUUUUCACAUUUCUUGGCAUAGUUCUUUUCUUUGACCGUGGUUUGCUUGCUCUGGGAAAUAUAUUUUCCUUGGCAGGGGUAGCCAUUUUGCUUGGUUGGCGUUCCACGUGGGCACUUUUCACUAAUAGAGCAAACUAUAAGGGUUCUGCAUCAUUUGUUCUAGGUCUCUUUUUCAUUUUUGUGAGGUGGCCUAUAGUUGGAAUAAUACUCGAAAUAUAUGGUUGUAUUUUUCUCUUCAGUGAUUUUUGGUCAUCUAUCAAAAUGUUCCUCUACCAUAUCCCUGUUGUUGGAUGGAUUAUACGGUUUAUCUCUCCUCCUUGAUUGUCACAGAAGGGGAUUUGACUGAUUGCCGCUUGGUAUAUGGCUAAUCAUUGGGGUUCAAUUACCUUGGUGAUUUUUCCAAUACUUGUUAUUAAUGUAAUGUUAAGCUAGCUUUUCCAAGAGUUUGCAUCAGGUAAAUUAGUUUCCUAUAGUGAGAAGUAUCGCAGCAUGAUUUAUGACAAAAUGUUGGUACUUAGUAGCCAUAUUUUGUUGCUUCAAGGCUCAUAACAUAACGUCUUUGUAUUUUGUUUUAAUGUAAACAAGAAUACGAGCUGGUUAUGCUGUUGAGUUUUUCUACUAGCAUGAAGGCUUGUUACUGCUUUCGGACUGAACAUACGAAGAUGGCUUUUGUUAGGCCAACGUGCAGGAUUAACCGUUAUGCCCCCUUUCGUGACCUCGCCGAAGGAUGUUAAAAUUCUUUCUGUAUAUUUUUAGUUUAUGAAAGAUUCACGGGUUAUUCGUGUUGGUCGUGGAAUUAAACGUUAUUUUGUCAAAAAAAGGUAGUGUGUAAAUAACGUGGGUUUUUAUGUCUCAAGUUUUCAUGAAUGGAGCCUUUCUAUUUUAGUUA